GGUAGGAAAGGCAAAUCCUUCCCACUUCCUCCAGCUCCGAUUCAGCUCCGUUUCUCUAUUCCGCGGGGCCUUUCGUCUCAGCCUACCCUUUCAUCAUCCACCAUUUUUAUCGGCAUGCCAACUCCUAACUCUUCCUCCUCCUUCCCCUCCUACCAAUUAGCCUCGGAACGGAGGGGUCCCAUAGCACGGACCGCGCGGGCGUGUGAGCGAUGCCGUGUGCGCAAAGUCCGCUGUAACGGCGAAAGCCCUUGCUCCAAAUGCCAGUCUGGUCGUCACACGUGUAUCUAUCGCCCUGCCUCUCAGCUGCGACCAUCUCGCCGCAAGAGAGCCACUCGAGACGUCUUUCGAGUUGGCCAUCCGGCCACUGCUGCACCACCACCAGCGACACCACCACCGGCAUCUCCGGCAUUUCCUGGUCCCCGUGUGCGCAACGACCCGGUGCAGUUCAAACGUCAGCGCGAACUUCGCGCGGGCAUCGGCGUUUCCAACGUCGAAACAGGCGCCUUUCAGUUCUAUGGGCCCUCCUCCCACUUUUGCUUUAUCCAGCGUCUCUGCCAACGCAUUUCCCGUACCACCAACGAGAGCCUCCUGACCCCCCAAGCCUCGGUGGCCGAUGGGGUCGGCAAAUGGAACCUGGAGCGCUUCAUGUUCUCCACGCGAGGCACCCACGACACAGUGCGCAGCAGCUAUGUUCCAGAUGCAUACCUCUCCAAAGCGAUGGGGACGAGGCUAAUUGAGUCCUAUUUCGAGAUUAUUCAUCCCCAGGUCCCUGUCCUAAAUCACGCUGAUAUAGUGGAACAGUGGGACUCCCUCUGGAAGCCUCCCCUGAAGCUGCCGCAUUCCACUGCCCCCAAGGGUGUCGAGAUCCUGUUUAUGGUCCUCGCCAUUGGCGCUCGGGUUAUGGUUCCCGAGUCCGCUGAGGACAGCCUGGUCCUCGAAGGCUGGGCGGAGCAUUUCGUGAGCAAGGCCAGCCAUAACCUCCAGCGGGCCUUCGAGGACCCCAGUCUCAUAUCUACACAUUGGUUCCUACUAAAGGGGAUGUAUGCGUGUCAGGUGAUGCGAGCCAACGAGGCAUAUCUCUACCUUGGGCAUGCCGCGCGCAGUGCCAUGGCCUUGGGGAUUAAUCGGCACCAAGUGGUGGACGGCAGCAACCUGACUGUCCACACGCUUAAACGCACCUUCUGGACAGUCUACGCCCUGGAGCGUCAGUCUGCUCUCUACAACGGUCGCCCGUCUGCCUUUCAUGACGAUCUGAAUGAUGCUCCGUACCCGGAGGACUUAGUUGCCUCAGCGCCGAAUACCACAAGCCGCUACCACGAUCCCACUCGGCUCGGGGCCUUCGUCCGCAUCAUGGCCGAUAUAGGUCGACUCGCCGGCCGCGUCGCACUGGAGGUCUACUCACCCAAGAGCAUGAGUGACAUGUCUAGCCUGACACACCUUCCCGCAGCCGUCGCUGCCAUUGACACCGAGCUCGACAGUAUCAUCACGCGUGACAUUCCGCUGUACCUGCACUUUUUUGACGCCAGCCUCCCCGUCGGCCACGGAUGGCAGGAAGUUCAGCGCUUGUGCCUGGGGGUCUACUACUACUUCACCCGCAUACUACUGCACCGGCCCGCCCUCCUCUUCGAGGCUUUUUUCCCCUCACGUGAGGAAGCCCAGCGCCGCGCGGGCUCUACCUGCGACCUUGCGCAGUCAGUUCACGAGACGAUCACCGCUGCCACACUCGUCAUCGAUCUGACGCACGAUGUCUACUUUCACCGGUAUCCGCGCGCGCAAUGCGACGGCGCGUCGGCAAUGAUCCUGAUCUCUGCCGCCGUCACACUGCUCUACGAUGUGCUGGAUCCACUCACCACUAACACAAACCACACACAUGAGAUCUUCGCAGCGGUGGAGCGUGCGGUGGCGUGCCUGGACCGGAUUCCGCACGUCGGGCAGCGGAGCGGAAAGGCAGUGAGCUUGGACGUGAUGAAUGUGGCAAAGGAUGCGCUGCGCCGGACCUCCAUUGGCGCGGAUUGGUCUCAGGAGGAACUGGUGGAGGCAUUCCCGUGGUUACAGGAUAACGAUCGUCCUGGGGAGAUCACUUCUGCCACUACAGGAAUUUUGCCUGAUGUUGGCCAGUUGCCUGAUGCGCAUCAGCCUCAUCCCUCGGCGAUGGCUGCUGUUCCGAGCGUCGCGGAGGCCGCGCCGUCAUCUCUGCCGACAGACCACCAGGCGCCGCCUAUAGAGCCAAAUUAUAUCUCUCAUUGGUUGGAAGCGGGCUUUCAGCCGGAAGAUAUCCCGAGUUCUCUAUUCUAAAAGAAACCGUUGGGAAGAAUGACUUUCCUCAACCUUUUCUUAGAGAAGGGCCUGACGGUUACGGAACGUUUAACAUAGGUGGAAGAGUUAGAUCUACCACUCAACCCCGCAUUUCUGUUUGCAUUGGAAAAAGCCCCGUCAACAAUGUAGCACUUCGAUCAAUAGCUUACCCACCGACCAAAUACAGUAAGG